AUGCCGGCUGCAUCAAAACAAGUAAACGACAUCGAAAACAAAAUGAAAAACAUUCGUGAUAUAUUCAAAAUCAAGUAUAAUGAUGUUGAAGUAAAUCAAGGAGAAGAUGUUGAAUACAUCAAAGUUCAAACAGCACCAAGAGUCACCGUUAAUGAACCGACUCCGAACAAGGCAUAUACGGUCGUGGUUCUGGAUAUGUUUGAUGGAAACGCUAUGACAAGUGCACCGUAUCUUAUUUGGGGUGAAACGGGUAUUGAAACAAUCGGCAUCGAAAUUUAA